CGAGAAACUAAUAGUCCUGACGCGAGAAGGCGGAAAUCAGAAGACCACUAGGUUUGCGAUGAUACUUCUAUUGUCCAAACACAAGGAGACGAAAAUAAAUGGUCUCACACCAAAAUGACAAGUAAGUAAAGUAGUUCACACAAAUUGUGAAUGCGAAUAUAUAUAAUUGUUCCAGACAAAGCGUGGGAAAAAUCAUUAGACAGUCUUAACAUGAAUGGCUAAUUAUAAUGGAGUGUCGAUCCAAAUAUACAUAGCGAAUAUAGCAGACAUGUGAACAACCAUAUAUGGAUAUAUGUCACCAAGCAACGGACUGUCAACAAACACUCAUAUUAUAUAUAAUAUAAAUGGAAUAUACGUUGUUAAAGGAGACAGGUUCAUACAAGUGAAGUGGUCACAGACUAACCGAGCAAACAGAAAGAGAGACCAACAUACACACACACAUAAAUAUAUAUGUGGAUACAUAUCAAACUUAAAACCAAUCUGGAAAUCUUCGUCACUCAGCAUCAACAACAAAAUUCAGUCGGAUUUUCAAUACAAACGUCAAGCCAGUCAGUUCUUCUAUACGGAUCAGAAACUUGGGGUGCGGGUCACAAAGAAUAUUUCCAAAAGGCUGCAGACCUUUAUUAACAGCUUUCUCCACUCUAUACUGAAGAUCAGAUGGCCGGAAAGAAUCACCAACAAGGAAUUAUGGGAACAAACAAAGCAAGAACCAAUCGCCAACCAACAAAUAUGCAGGAGAAAGUGGAGAUGGAAUGGACACUCGCUGAGGAGGCCGCCGCUGGGUGACAUCGCGCGUCAGGCCAUUGCUCGAGUGGAACCGAAAGGGAAGCGGCGAGUGGGACGUCAGUGCAAGGGUGACAUGGAGGAGAUCGUGUGAAGAGGAAAUGAAACAGUAUGGACUAACAUGGAUGCAGGUGAAAAGUACAGCAGAAGACAGAAGCAAGUGGAGACGUGCAGUUUAAGCCCUAUCUUCCACUAGGAACCCAAGGGAACAAUAAUAAUACA